AUGGCGGGGAACUUGAGCUUGGACGACAUUAUGGCCCAGGCGCUGGGCGACUGGUCGGGCGGCGCGACUGCGCAUCAAUCAGGAGCUGGUGCUGAUCUCCAAAGCGCAACAAGUUUUCUGUCAACGACGACGAACCAACUGGACCCCUUGGGUACAACUUCUACAACUUCCAGCAUGAUGGGCGGGCAACAGCAGCAGCAGCAGAGUUUGAUGUCCUCGAUGUUAGCGGCCACACUUCCCACGGAUAUGCGGAACCGGAUUGACCGCGCAGUGCAGGCGAUUUGUGCCAACCCGUCCCCCAACUCCGAGGUGGAAUUUGCCGGGAAACACACGAUAAAUCCGGCGUACAAAUUUCUCUUCCACGGGCCGGGCUCCGACUACUACCGCGCAAAACUGCAGGAGACCCGCGCAGCCGCGGCAACAAACUUGCUGCUUGGAGGUAGUACUAGUGGUACAGCAACUGGAGGAGCGACUGGAGGGGCAAGUGGUGCAGGAGCUGCAACUCUCAACAACAUGAAAGCCCAACAACCGCAGCAGCCGAAAACGCAGCAGGUGAUACGACCGGGCGGCGCCGCCGCUGGUCUUUUUUCGACCUCCAAAGCGUCGUCGGUCAGUGCCGCUGGCGCGGCCGGAAGUACCCUGGGAAACAACACGCAGCAACAAGCCGCAGCGCAGCCGAUCUCGAAGCGCAUGCCGCACCAAGGAGCCGCGACCGCAGCACCUGCUUCACAACUAUUUUCAAAUACCGCGGCGGGGACCACGACCGGGGCCGCAGCCAACGCCGCUGCUGCGGGGACUACUACAACUGGAAAUACGGGGACAACAACAUCAAACUACACGCCCGUGCAGAGACUGGCACUGAAAUACGCGGACCCCGGGCUUUCCGAAAUCCCACCGGCCAUGCGGCAGCAGUGGACGCAAAUUUUCAAAAAUCUGGAGCAAACCGCCUCGGCCGAACACAUCAAACAAGGCAGAACCUGGGUGGAGAAGGCCAUCAAGCUCGGAGUUACGGGGGUAAAAGCUUCUUUGUGAUUGCAUUGUUGGCUCCUGCAUGACGAUGAUGAUUGUUAUUGAUGGCUGCUUUUCGACUUUAGUUUAUUAAUCAGAUGCAGCGUGUGUAUAAUGAAAAUGAUGCAAGAACUGCGUAGUUUUAAGUGGCAGCUAUGGAGUGUUUUUUUCUGAAUGUCUAUGUCAUUCGUAUCUAGAUCUACAGUACACUUAGAAGGGGGCAAAACCAAAAGCACCCUGUUUUUCCAACCUUUACACAAAAUUUCAGGUAAUUGGGUUUAUCCACUCGUUCAUGAAGCAGACGGAGCGGACGUUCUCUCACGUUUUGCACAUUUUGUACGUGAUCCACGACGUGCUCCAGUGCGAGGCUUUUUCGAACUCGGCCACCCCCGACAAGUGGCGCAACAUUCCCCUGAUAAAGCCCUAUCUGCCCUGGUUGCUACGCACCAGCUACAAGCUAGCGACGAGCGACACCGAGCGGACGCGGGUCGGCAAUUUGCUGAAGCUGUGGGUGGACCGCAAGUGCUUGUCCGAGAUAUCAAAAGGAAAAAUCCCCCCUCCCCAUAUCGAAACGAAGUUUCUGAUGCUGGAUUUGCUUACACAAAUCGGAUCUCUCUUGCAGUAGGGGACUGCAGGCCCAUACCAAGCCCGAGUAGAGACGUGCUGGCCUAGGUGUUUAGCAUGAAAAACGGCUAUGCUGUAGGCCCAAUAGCAUCACAAACCGCCUGCAUAAUGCCGCGAGGCCUGUGCGGUUGCCUUCUUGCAAGACAGAGACGAUUUGUGGUCACAAAUCAGCAUGGCAAAUUUUCUGAGGUGUGCCUUUUCGAUAUGGGGAGGGGGUAUUUUUCCUCACAAUACGAGACGGAAAUGCACGAAAUUCGCAUGUUGAUGGAAACCACUGAGGAACUACCGCAGCCUAUUCUGAGUAAAAACGUCCCCACCCCAGAGAUGUCAUGCAGAUUUGCAGCUACAGGAAUGGAAGAUUUGUAAUGCGCAUCCCCAUGAGAGGCAUUUCCAAGCGCGUUUUGCAAUUUGUAAUGCUGUCGACAGGAUGAGUAGAUGGGUUUGUGUUGCGGCUGUACUUGCUAAACUGCACUACAAUACAGAGACGAACUUGUCAUGCUUGACCCCCAAUACUUCUCGAUUUGUGUUGCGAGAUCCCCAUCUUGACUCUGGUGUGGGGGCGUUUUUACAUAGGAUACAGCCAGUGCCUGUAGUGCAGCAGCAAGUCCAGCCAAAUGCUGCAGGUACAUUUGUUGUAGUUCGUUGUAUAGAGGACGGCAGUCAAAAAUACCUAUGGUCGAAGGGACGAAGUUUAUGCUAGUACAGGCUACUAGUACCUGUUUUCAUGGUUCUUUGAACACGAUCCAGCAGAAUUAUUAUGCAGGCAGCGGAUUGAUGUAUGACUAACUUGUGAAUUACUUAUAUCCAAACAUCUUUGAUUUUUCGCAUUUCUUACCCAGGCGGCUGGAACCAGCAGCAAACCAACGCUUGGUGGAACAGCUGGAACGCAUGGGGUGCGGCCGGUGGUGCGGCUGCCGGUCAGCAGCAGCAGCCGUUCAACAUGCUAGGGAUGAAUAUGAUGGCUGGCUUGAUGGGCAAUAUGGGAGCUGCACCAGGGACCGUUUCCACCGCUACACCCAGCGCGGGUGCACCUCCUGCGAACAAUAUCAUGAUGAACCAAGUCCCAGGAAGUGGAGCCUCCCUCACGACACCAGCAGGUCCCAACGCCGGCACUACACCUUCCACGCAAGUCCCCAGCAACACUUCUACCAAUGCAAAUAAUAAACCCUCCCGCGCCACCCCGGAGUCGAUACCCGUCGGCUUGAUGGCCUCGAUGCUGAAGAACGUGUCGCAGCGCAAUCGGAAUUACCAAACCGCGUUCUACCCCUACAAACCGCUCGACCCCAACAUGACGCCGCAGACCAUGCCGGGACUGCAGCCGUUAACGGACCGGAUCAAGGACAAGUUGGCAACCUUCUUUGCCGACGAGGAGCGCCACGAGGCGCGCGAGAACCUGAAGGCGCAGCUGAAGCGCCCGGAUUCGCGCAGUAGCGAGCAAGACAGCGACGAAGACGACGACGACGAUUCGCCGAGUAAGAGUCUCGGCGGCCCGGUGACGACCAGUCUGCAUUUUCGGAAAAAACGGUCCCGGUCCAACAGCGACUCCUCCAGUAGCAGCCAAUCGCCAAGUCGGUCGUCCGCUCCCAGCCCCGUCGUGUUGCACAAAAAGCCUUCGAUUUUCGGCAAGGCCCCCGGGCCGUCGCCGAACGGCGCGAUGGGCGGGAUGAUGAUGGGGAACUAG